AUGGAUUGUGCUUCAUUGUUUGAGUUUUUGACUCAAAAUGUGGAUUUUGGAGGUGGGUUUUUGGGGUUUGGGUGUUUCUUCUCCAGGGCUUUUAUCAGUUUAAUUUUGGGUUUGUGUUCAAUGUUAUUGCUAUUUUUCUAUGAUUUUUUGGAGAAACAUGUUGAUCUGAAAAAUGGGAUUUGUUCAAAAAUUGAUUCUGAUGAAGUAUGUGACACAAAGAUUAAGUUUUUGGGUAGUUCAGAAUCAGUUGAACAGGAUAGAUUAGGUGGUGGUGAUAGUGAUGAAGAAAAGGAGUGUUGUGGAGAAGAUGAAGUGUUUGAUGUAAUGACACUGAGAGAAAUGGUGAAGAAAGAAAGGGAGAGAGCCAAUUCUGCUUGUGGGGAGCUUGAGAAGGAAAGAAUGGCAGCUUCAUCAGCAGCAAGGGAGGCAAUGGCCAUGAUUCUGCGGCUCCAAAAGAAGCGUGAAUACGAUCAAGAGCUGAUUCAAUCAUUGCAUUGGAUUGUAAUGCAACUUGAGUCCGAGAGGAAAGAAUUGGCAGAUCAUUUGAAGUUGUGUAGGCAGGAAAUGAAACGCCAUUUGAUGGGUAAAGAGAUUGAUAAGUUUGAAGAAGUUGAUGCAGCUACAAGCUUUCUCAGUUCCACCAUUGAAGAUGAAUCUUAUUAG